AUACCGCGCUCGACUGUUAUCGGUCGCGAUUAACACCCAUCGCGAGACGCCGUUAUCGCGGUUUAGUAAAUGUCGAACGGGUCGCGAUAGAAAUUCGUGUACCGUGUACUCAUCGUCGGGAAAUUCGCGCCGUACGAACUGGUUCGACGUUUCCGCGAAAACGAUCAGUUCUUCAAAACGCGACUAGUCGUUAUAUGAAGGCGGUCGCGAAAACUUUCGCCAUUCAAAGACGUAAACGAAAAGUUUAUGUCGAUAAACGUUUGAUCCCGACGCGAGAUAGUGCAAACGAAAAUACAAGAUACAACGCGAGAUGAAGUAGAGAGCGUUUAUCGCCUUGGCCUGCUGCGUAGACACCUGGCGAACAUUAUGGAGGAGAUCGCGAAUACUGAAGUCAGUCGCGUUAAUGAUGAAGGCACGGACAUCCCUUCGGAGGAGAACAAAGAGCGCGAACCUCAGAUGAAUAUCGAUUCAAAACAGAGCAUGGUUACGAUAACUUUUGGAAAACGCGUCGAGGAAGCGACUCUACCGCCCGAAGAAGAACCGCCGGAGGUAGGAGAGGUUGAACCGGUAUCGGAGGACCGCGAACAAGAUGACAAAUGCGAAUACAAACACAAAACUGAGGUAUAUAUCAAACUAAGCGACGCGGAACAAAGCGUAACGCAACCAAAAAGCGAGGAAGAAACACAACCCGUUGCGUCGCCAGACGAAGAAGACGACUGGAAGAGGUCCAAAGGCUUAAACUUGAGGUCGAUGUUGAAGAGCAGCUUCAGAAGGGAACGGCCGACGACGCCGACCAGCCCGACGGCGGUGCUCGACGAGGAGUACCAAGACGACGACGUCGAGCUGAGAAGAUCGAAAUUUUCCAAUUUUAAGCACGCGUUGAGGAACAGCUUCAAGCUGCGCGCCGACGAGAGGCUGUCGACCGAAUUCAGAAAGGAAGAACCCGGAAAGCGAUCUGAAGAAGACGAAGAAACGAAAAUUGCGGCGACGUGUUCGGAGACGGAGGAAGAGGCGGAACUUAGGAGAGCGAAGCGUGUCAAUUUGAAGCUGGUGCUGGCCAAAGGGUUCAACAAACGUCUCUGGAAGGGCACGACGAAGAAGAGCAGACUCGACGGCGAAUGUGAUCUGAUAGAGAGGGAGUCCCCCAUUAGGCGGUUUAGGGAGAUCUCUGAGAACCUCAUACAGUACCAAUCGUUCGCUGGACUAUUAAUGCAACCACCCACUCCGUUGCUGGUGGAGGACCCCCCGAGUAGCGAGGAUGGCGCCGACGACGACGUAAAAAGCCAGAGUCUUCUUAAUGGGUCGUCGGGAAAUUUCGGGAGCGCUGGGCCCCGGUCCGCUCCGACGACGCCGCAGGGUCUACUUGGCGCGUCCCCCGCGGGGCUCCCGGAGCCCCCCGCCAGUCCUUCCAUCCAGCGAAGCCCUAGCCAUUCCGUCUUCAAUAAAAUCGAUAAGACUUCUCUGAAACACCUAUCGACGAGUACGCCGAUAAUGACGGCCCAGGGCCAGCUGAACGAGCCGCCCAGCCCGAAGGCCGCCAAAGAUCCCAAGGUGCACACCACGUCCAAGGGCAGACAGAAGAAGUUCCUGAGGCACUUUCCCAACGUCGAGGACGACGAGAAGGUGCUCAACCACUACUCGUGCGCCCUCAUCGGCGACAUCCUCCUCCAGGGUCACCUCUACAUCACCAAGAACUACUUCGCGUUCUACUCGAACGUCUUCGGCUACGUCACUAAGCUCUUGAUACCGAUACUGACCGUGGAGGACAUCACCAAAGAGAAAACGGCGAGGAUCAUACCUAACGCGAUCGGGGUGGUAACUGGCGAAGACAAGCACAUAUUCGGUAGCCUGAUGACACGCGACAGCACCCUCGCCUACAUGCGGACCGUAUGGCAAAAGGCCAAGAGCGAGGAAAUCAUUCCGGAACCGGAAAUGGACCCGGAGGACGCGGAUUCGUCCGAGUCCGGGGAAAGCGGUAGGGAUUCUCCCGUGCCUGAGGUCGCGUCGUCGCCGUCGCCCAAGUUCGCGCUGAUGAGGAAAGCGGAAAAGGAGAACCGAAGUCAGACCGACAUCUCCGGAUCGGCGCUCGAGAGGAAAGGUUCCGGCGGCUUCGUCCGCACCCUGAAGGAGGCCAUCGCCGAAUUUAGGAAGCUGCCUAGGCAGAACCUGAUACUGGUCGCUACCACUCUUCUUCUGAUCUUGCUGUUUCUUUCCGCCGCCGUCUUGUUGUACCGGAUAAAUAAAAUACAAAACAGAUUUUCAUGGUCAUUGCAAGAGAACCCAGCAAACGAGGGUAACCGUGACAUCUACGGCGAGGUGCUGAAGUGGCAAGCCCAACUGCAUUCCCAAUCGGCCGAUGCCGUGAAUACUUUGCUAGAUUCGAACCUAGGUCAAAUUUCGAAGGUGAGGCAGAGCCUGGAAGCGCUGUCGAUGCUGCUGACGCAGAACGAGCUCCCCGCGGAUGGUAAAGAUGACGCGACGACGAAACAGAGCACGUCCGGCGACACCGUCGGAGAGGUGACCAAAAGUUAGCAGAACGGCGUCCUCGCUGAAGAAAAGUGAAACCGGAUCAGUAUUUAUGCGGAGCAAGUGACGAAUAUAUGCUUGUUGGUAAAGUUGAUCUGGGGCACUUCGAAAGAUGCCCGAUUUUCCGUUAGAAUUACCGAAUGUCGCGAUGAUUAGCGAUAAGCGAGGCCCUUCAUUCACUUGACCAACGAGACUAAAAAUUGCCUGUAACUUUGAACGUGCACCUUACAUAUUGCCACAUUAUAAUGGUUAUUCGAAUGUUUAUGCUCAUACACUUGUAACUAUUUCGUGAAAAACAUUUGAAACAGCCAUUCUAGUUUUAACGAUUCUUUUGCCAUUUAUAAAAGGGAAUGUUACCUGGCAAAGGGUAGACAUUUCUUUUAAAUAUAGAAUUAAGGUAAGCACAUAGAGAAAACAAAGUGUAAGCUCAAUUUUUGGUCAAAAUUGUUACCAUUCAAAUCUUAGGCAAACCUAUGCCGGUUGUAAAAGUUCCGGUUGUUUUAAAACUUUUCAAAACUAAACCUUUAGCUUUAAAUAGGUAUCUAGCAUAUUCCUGUAAAGAAUAUAUUGUUUCCCAUUGGUAAGGUUUAUUCUAAAUAGUUUGGGCUUUGAAUUUGGUUAAGUCUAUCCAACUAUCCCAAACAAAGUAUUGUUAUAUUACAUCAAGGCCUAAUCCGCCAUGGUUGACAAAGUCAUUUUUUAGGGUUUUAGAUUUGAAGUAGUACAAAAAUCGAUCGAUGCGUAAUUUAAACGUUCAAUUACAUUGUAUGGUGUUUAGGUAGUGGCAGUUUUUUGAUUGUCAACAGGAAUUCCCCCAUGUACAUUCAAGUGUAGUGUCAAUUAGCAAUCUCUCUGUUGCUUUUAGCGCACUAAACAGAUCGUUUGUCGAGUGUCCUUGGUGAAAGGUAUACUUUAGGGUACUUAAAGAAAUUAGAAUGUAACUUUAUUAAAUUGUUUUUGUGAUAACAAAAUAUCGAGGCAGAAAAAAGUGUGUAGAUGGUUUUGGUAUGAUGCAGCGCGUUUAUAUCGUAUGGUGAUAUGAUAGGUAAUAUUGGGAUUGCAUCUCAGGAACAUGGACAAACCUCCCUUUGUGGAUGUUCCCGAUAGAGCAAAAAGAAGGAAACAUGUAAAAAGGUUUAUUAAUACCCUCACAAAAUGUUUGUAUAUUUUUGUAGUUAGGGCAUUUUUGUAAACGACUUUUUUUUUUGUGUUUCCGUCAUUUUGAUGUAUUAUCGUGGUGAUUACUUUUGAUUUAUUACAUUAUUGGCAUCUUAGAUGUUCCUCAGAAUAUUGUUGACUCUGUUUAACUGGAGAUCCCUUUUUGUUUUGUUGGUGUUGUCUAAACAUAUUUUUAAUAUUAGAACAACCUGUGAUAUCUUAUUUUGUUGCUUUUUUCCAUUAUUUAAAUAUAGUUAUUCCUGAAA